AUGGACUUUAACCCGAUUAGCAUUGAAGAAGGUGGCCAUACCCAGCGCCAGAACGGCGUGGCGAAUGCAACUGCCAGAGUGCGCGCCGCUGGCCGAGGUGAUGCAGCCGGUCUGCUCAGCCAGCACGCGUCCUUCGGCGACGCGCUUCGUGCCUGCCGUAACGCAUUUUACUACCACACAAGUUGGUCGGUUCCGUACCCCGAGGUGCCUGCUGUCCCGAUGCUGUACUACCCUGACGAGUAUAAGCUCAUGGUUGAGUCCACCAUGCCACUCGGCAUCAUGCAGUCGGAGCUGGACGCAAUGCAGACGGGCCUCCUCGACAGCAUUCCGCUGGCGUACUACCCGUUGGAGCCGAAUGCGCUGGACGAGGCACGGCAGGCGCUGAGGCGCGCGGCGCCGCCGAAAAAGCGUGCAGCGGCUGCAGCAGAGGUGGACGACGUGACAUCGUCUUCAUCUACCUCGGCAGCGAAUGCGUCCGAUCGUGCUCGCCCGCCGCACGGUCGCCUCGAUCCUGGCGACGCGGAGAUUGCGAGUAUUGUGGUCGACGCGAAUGAAAUUCAGAUUCGCAACCUGCCGUCGCUCACCCAGGUGCAGCGGCCCCUGUACACGGAUAUCGGUUUGGUGCCGCAGAAGGAGCGGCAUGCCGCGCGUGUGGCGCGUACACAGCCCACGGAGACAAAGCCACAUGAUGCCGCGCUGACGACAGAAGAGGUGGUGCGGCAGUGGCGUCUCGACGUGCAGUCAUCCUUCGUGCAGGUCUCGCAGAUUGACAGCGGCUUUGCGCGCUUCAUUGGGGAGGUUGCGCACGCAAAGCUUGGCCUGGACCGAAACAAUGUCUCACAUAUGCGCCUGACGCGUGCACUGUGGGCUCUUCUUUAUCAGGACACGACGAAGCGGCAGCAGCGCAAAGUCUGGUACGCGAUUUGCCACUUCUCCUCUAUCUUUAGUGACACCCCAGCGGCCUCUGAGGCGGCGGUGGCGCAGCUGUUGCGCGAAACGGAGGCGCUGGGGUUGUCUCAGUACUCGACCAGCUGGCGCCCUCUGUUGAUGGAGUACACGCGGGCUGUGAGCGACUACAUCGCAGCGCUCCCCGGCGGCGUGGAGCAGCGUCGCGAGAAUCUGCAGUUUCACGCCAAGGAGCUGGAUCAGCUGUACACGGGUAACGUGUACACCAACAUCAAGCUUGACGGCAAACUGGCCCGCACGAGUGCUGAUCGUCUGAAGAACACCAUUUACCCAGUAGAAGUGAUGCCAGUGUACCCCAGCGGGUACCAGCAGGCGGCUUCUCUGGGAGCUGCUGUGAUGCGGCUGCACGACUCGGAGGAGCUCGACUUCCUCGCUGAGCGUGACGCCUCGUUGCACCACGUCAUUCUUCCUGACGCUGUCUUGCCCAAGGCCGCUGCCGCACGGCCGAACAUGCUUGUCGGCAGCUGCAAUCUUCUUGUCGCUGACGACGGUGACUUCGCGAAUGUGCAGAGGGGCGCGACUAUUCGGUACAGCGUCUCGACAGAGAACACCUACCAGACCCUGCGCCAGGACCCGAUGAGCACGUCCAGCUACCUGCUGCGGGUGGGACAGGUGGCGACUGACGCCGCUGCUUCCCUCGGCGCCAACCACGACGGUCGCUACGUCAUGUACGACCGUAUUGGCCACCGCGAUGUUUACCAGAAGACCAACCAUACGGACACCAACACGCUCUCGCGCUACGUGGUGAUGUUCACUGACAUGCCGGCCGCGGCCGGGGCUUCUGAAGCAACCGCUGGCGCUAGCAAUAGUGGCCACCUCAACAGCGUGAAGCGAGAGCGUGAACAAGUGCCGGCUCACGAGGCGGCGGCGGAGCCCUCGGAGCCUGUUGCACAGGUGCUUCGCACAGAAUGA